AUGGCGGGAGGAGUAGAUAAUAAAGUGUAUAAUGAAACAUUUCAAUCUCAAACUAGUGGUGGUGAUUAUGAUCAGUUUAUGUCAAAUUAUGAGUUCAAUGAGCUGCAAACUCAAGAUCAAUACAAAAAGGCUCGAAGUAAGAACUUCUCUCUAGAAGAGGACCUUCUAUUGGUUUCUGCUUGGCUUAACACAAGUAUUGAUCCAAUUCAUGGAACGGAUCAAACCAAUAGUCAAUACUGGAGCAAGGUAGGAGCAUAUUACAAGAAAGUCAUAAAAAAGAAUAAGUAUGGGCAACGAAUAGAUAAAUCUCUCACAAAUAGAUGGAGCACAAUCCAGCAAGUUGUAAACAAGUUUUGCGGCUAUUAA